AUGAAAAUAUUCAGCUCAAUACAAGCCUUUACCGCAUGCUUCGCAGGUUUCGCACAUGGCGCUAAUGACGUUGGGUCAGUCUGUAUUUUCGUUCUCACAAUACGGCCAAACGCAAUAGCACCACUGACAACGUUACUGUCGAUUUACGUUAACUUGGAUAUUCGACAACAUGGUGAAACACCCAUUUACGUUCUUCUCUAUGGUGUACUGGCGAUAUGUGUUGGCCUAGUAGCGUUAGGACAUCGUGUCAUUCAAACUGUUGGCACCGAUAUGUCCACCAUCAAUGCCGCCAGUGGAUUUACGAUUGAGUUUGGUGCAGCUGUGACUUCCCUAUCCGCUAGCAAGCUUGGUUUGCCAAUUAGUACAACUCAUUCUUUGGUUGGAAGUGUAUUAUUUGUUGGGAUGAUACGCUCGAGGAGAGGAGUGGACUGGAGGAUAUUCACUAAUAUUGCCUUGUCGUGGAUUUUAACUUUACCCAUCUCAGGUCACUUUUACUUAUUCAUUCUUUUACAGGCUUCCUAUCCGCUGGAUUGA